GUCGGUCCUUUCUAGUGAUCUGUGCAAGCAAGGCCGCUUCAGAUGUAUCUGUGGCCGUAAAUAGAAGAGAGAAAAAGAGACAAAAGCACGAACGAGGCAAGAGCGUCAGAACUCAGCAGAGGCAACUGGAGCGACCCACCACAGACAAAAAAAUGAAGUACAACCUGUUUCCACGUCUCGACUUUUUUGCUUACUUGAAACGGAUACACGUCUCUUAUCACCCGGGUCGGCCAAAAACGGAGGUUGCAAGGUACAAUGUUGCUUUAUUUCGUUUUCAUUGUGCACCCCCAGCGAGAAGCCAGAACUUGUUUUGAUGAUAAAACCCUCCUCAGUUGCAGGAGAUUUGCGAUAGAUGGAUAGUAUGGUGCCGACGGCACGACGACACUACGACUACCUCGACUAGAGUAAGAGUCCUGGAGCACACAUAAAAUCGGCGCCUCUACUUCCAGUUCUAUAACUUACUCAAUUUAUCAUGUUCCCUUCCACUUCCACAGGCGGCUGAUAAUGAGAAUGACUUCGGAAGGCACGAAGAAAAAGUUUCCGCAACUACAAGCCACUUGGGAGCUUUUGGGGUACGACGCGCCAAGUACAGUCCAGGUCGAGUUCGUGAACGGGAGGGAAAAAAGAUUUUUGAUAGAACACUACAGUCGAUAUGAAAUGCAGAAUAUAGUAGACGAAUGGCAGUAUGGGGCACACAUGGAACACAUGAGGGAGAAUAAUUUAGAAAAAGCAGAAGACGAUGCAGACUGACGAGCAGUACUAGGACAACAAAUGUUCGUGUUGUUUCGCACCAGUAAUGUGACGAACUUCUAUAACCGCAAUUUCAUUUUUUACUUUUUACGUUAAAGAAGGAGGCUCUCUGGCG